CGCAGCGCUCGCGGUCCUGGCCGGUGCCGGUGCCGCCGCCGUUGCGAGCUGCCUGCCUCGUCCCCAGCGAGCCGAGCGAGUCAGUGCGAGUGCGGGUCGAGCAGCGAGCCAGAGCCAACGAGCGGCCUAGCGAGCGAGAGCAUGUGGAGGCGCGGCCGCCGCUGACGAGCACCCCGCGAAGAGCCAUGGCCACCCCGCCCGACAGCCCCGUCGACGACAUCGUGUUCGAGCUCGAGCCGAGCCGCAACCUGCCCAAACACCGGCCGGUCGCCCUCGAGGACCUCUGCAGGCAGACCAAGUUCACGCGACAGGAGAUCAGGGUUAUGUACCGUGGAUUCAAGCAGGAAUGCCCCGAGGGAUUAGUUCAUGAAGACGCCUUCAAGGAUAUUUACGCCAAGUUCUUCCCGCACGGCAAUUCUAGUUUGUACGCGCACUAUGUCUUCAAGGCAUUCGACGUUAAUAGUAAUGGUGCCAUCAGUUUUAGGGACUUGCUAGUGACCUUGAGCACCCUGCUGCGGGGCUCGAUAUACGAGAAGCUGCGGUGGACGUUCAAGCUGUACGACAUCAACGGCGACGGCUGCAUCACGCGCUCCGAACUGGCCGACAUCGUGGUCGCGAUCCACGAGCUCAUGGGGCGCAAGGCGCACCAGGUGGACGAGGACCGAAAAGCGCGCGAGCAGGUCGACAGGGUGUUCAGGAAGCUGGACAUCAACCAGGAUGGCGUAAUAACCCUCGAAGAGUUCAUCGAGUCUUGCCUCAAGGACGAGGUGAUCCACAAGUCGUUGCAGGCGUUCGACUCGGCGGCGCUAUGAUGCUCGGCGGCGCCGCAGCGUUACUCCCGCCACGCGCGCCUAGCGCCACUGCUGCUGCUGCGUCACCACCGGAUCGUCGUGGACGCGGCGCCGCUGUGCGCGCUUUGCGCGGCGCGCCUCGACGCCUUCGAGGCCAUCUUCGUGGCCGA